CUUUGGCAUAUACCAUUUUAAUAUCUUUCAGUAAAUUAGCAAUGGAAUCAACAUGCGUGGAUACUUCUCUCAAUCUUAACAUUAAUCAUCCUUCUACUGCUACAUACAAGGAUGAAAUUAUGGUUGAAGAGUUACAUCGUCUCAAUUGUGAGAACAAGUGGCUAAGUGAAACAUUGAGCAACAUGUGUGAGAAUUAUGAAGCUAUGCAAAAGCAAUUGAAUCAAUUGAUGAAUCAAAAUUGUGAAACCCAAACUCAUGAAGAAUCAAGGAAGAGAAAAGCUGAGAGUGAAAAUUGCAAUAAUAUGUUUGGUACUAUUAAUGUAAUUAAUAAUGAGUGUAGCACUACUGAUGAGGAAUCAUUAAUCAAAAGGCCAUGUAGGGAAAUUUCAUCACCUAAGGCUUAUAAGGUUCUUGUGAAGACAGAAGCAUCUAGUAAUAGCUUAUAUGUGAUGGAUGGAUAUCAAUGGAGGAAAUAUGGUCAGAAGGUUACUAGAGAUAAUCCCUCUCCUAGAGCUUACUUUAGGUGCUCCAAUGCUCCAAGCUGCCCAGUUAAAAAGAAGGUGCAAAAAAGUUUAGAAGACCCUACUAUACUAGUUGCAACAUAUGAAGGAGAGCACAACCAUGGUCAUGAGAAAGCUGAAAUAUCAAUGAUAUCAAGCCAAAUUGAAGAAUCCUUUAUAGGUUCAGUUCAUGUUACUUCACCUAAACAAAUUAUUCAAAGGACUUCUCCAUCCAUGAAGAUUGACAAUGUUCCAAAAUCAUCUAUCCAACAAUUUUUGGUUCAACAAAUGGCUACUUCUUUGACAAAUGAUCCUAAUUUCACUGCAGCACUUGCUAGUGCAAUUUCAGGAAGAAUUUUGGACCAUACUUCUAAUAAAGCCAAUUGGUGAAUUUGAUAUAUAUAAUGUAUUGCAUAAAUUAUGUUAUUUCAUUUUAGGAUGUAAUGUUUCAAAAGCUAGUAAUAAUGAUGUAUAUAAAAAAAAAUUAAAAUGAAAAAAAAAAAAAAGCAGGAUGAAGAAAUUCUGUUCUUCUAAUU